CCGACGCUUAGGUACACUUCUAACAGUUAUAACCCGAAAGCUCUAUCUCGUUUUGAGUUAUAUAAAUAAAUAAAUCAGUCUGAUGAAAAGCAAAUUAUUGUAAGAUUAAUAAUUACGAAUUUCAAUAAUAUUUAUUACAAUAUUUGAGUCUCUAUUCCAAAAUAUUUUAAUAUCGAGAAUUGGGAAACAUCAAAGUCAAAGCGAUAAUAUAAUUUUUAUAAACUAUAAAAUGAAUGAUUCUGUGACCAAAGCUGAUUCGAAAGCCGUUAAAAGCAAGGGGAAAAAACACAAGCAGUUGAAAAUAACAAACCAUUAUCUUUCAAAGAAAAGUAGGUUUGGUGGUUUAAGUAUUGAUGAUGUUAUGAAAAAGAGUUUACCUGAUUAUAUGAGAAAUGGUCUUGAUAUUGUAUUUGUUGGCAUAAAUCCUGGACUUGCAGCUGCGUUUUCUGGAAAAUAUUAUACAGGACCAGGUAAUCAUUUCUGGAAGUGUUUGUAUUUGUCUGGUCUUAUAGAUAAACCGUUUACAUCCAAUGAUGACCAAAAGUUAUUAGAUUAUAACAUUGGAUUUACAAAUAUGGUUUCAAGAACUACUAAAGGUAGUAAUGAUUUGUGUAAAGAAGAACUUAUUGCAGGAAGUAAAGUACUAAAAGAGAAAAUUCAAUUAUACCGACCACUUAUUGUUGUUUUUAAUGGAAAAAUAAGCUAUCAGGUAUUUUCUGGUAAAAAAGAUUUCUUUUUUGGAAAGCAGUCAGAAUUGGUUGAAGGUACAGAUACUCAUAUUUGGGUUAUGCCAUCUUCAAGUGCUAGAUGUGCACAAUUACCAAGGGCAGAAGAUAAAGUACCAUUUUUUACUGGCUUAAAGCGUUUUUGCUUAUACUUAAAAGGAGUUGGUACAUGUUCAGUUGAUGAAAACAUAGACUUUGUAUUCAAAAAUAAUUGUCUUCAAAGUUGGACAAAAGUUAAAUAAAAAUUAUGCUACUA